AGUGCGUCCGUCGAUCAGAGUAUAUUCGAGUUUACCUGCGAAACGUGUAUCUAUGAUUGCUCAAGUUUGUAUACUCGUGCCAUCCUCGCUGUUGUGUUUUACAAAUUUCUCUGGGAUAUUAAGUCUGAACGGAAACAAGAAGUAUCAAGAGGUUGCAUACGAGCGUGCAUUGAGAAAGGAGCUAUGGGGGACGCAGCGAUGAACGUCGCAGCGUCCGGUGGCGGUGGUCAGCGUGUCGUUAAAGAAGGCUGGCUUCAAAAACGCGGGGAGCAUAUAAAGAAUUGGAGGUCGAGGUACUUUGUUUUGCGAGAUGACGGUACACUGGUUGGGUUUAAAGCAAAGCCUGAUCAACAAAUGGCAACAGCCGCACAGCCUUUAAAUAAUUUUACAGUCCGGGGAUGUCAGAUUAUGUCUGUAGAUAGACCUAAACCAUAUACCUUUGUCAUAAGAGGUUUACAAUGGGCAGCUGUUAUAGAAAGGACAUUUCAUGUAGAUACAGAGCAAGAGAGAGAAGAUUGGGUGGCAGCAAUUAGGUAUGUGGCUGCUAGGUUAGCGAGUGAAAAGGACCAACAGCCACAUUCACCGUCAAUGCAGCAUACAUCUUCGUCUGAAGAUGUUGAAAUGGAUGGAAAUUCCUCAGGAGGUGGUAGGUCAGAUUCAGGUGGGUCCAUUGGAGUAGUGUCUUCGGAUGCAGAUGGUGGCAGCAUCGAUGAAUUGUCUGCAAAGUUUAGUGUUCAAGGAACAUCUAGUAGUAAAAGUUCAGGGAAGAAGAAAGUAACCCUUGAAAAUUUUGAAUUUUUAAAAGUUUUGGGAAAGGGUACAUUUGGAAAAGUAAUCCUUUGCAGAGAGAAGGCAACAGGACACUUGUAUGCUAUAAAAAUUUUACGAAAGGAAGUAAUUAUUCGUAAACACGAGGUUGCGCACGCGCUCACAGAGAAUAGGGUAUUGCGUACCACUAAUCAUCCGUUCCUAAUUUCUUUAAAGUAUAGUUUUCAAACAGCUGACAGGCUGUGUUUUGUAAUGGAAUAUGUAAACGGCGGAGAGCUGUUCUUUCAUUUAAAACGUACCCGCAGAUUCGGGGAGGAUCGUACACGAUUCUACGGAGCUGAAAUUAUUUCAGCUUUGGGUUAUCUUCAUUCACAGGGUAUCAUUUACCGUGAUCUCAAAUUAGAGAACCUUCUCUUAGAUAAGGAUGGACAUAUUAAAAUUGCUGACUUUGGAUUAUGCAAAGAGGAUAUAACGUAUGGGAGAACGACGAAAACAUUCUGCGGAACUCCUGAGUAUCUGGCGCCAGAAGUGCUCGAAGAUAACGAUUAUGGACGAGCGGUAGACUGGUGGGGAGUUGGCGUUGUUAUGUAUGAAAUGAUCUGUGGUCGAUUACCUUUUUAUAACAAGGACCAUGAAAAGUUAUUCACGCUUAUUGUAAUGGAAGAAGUAAGAUUUCCUAGAACGGUCACUAACCAUGCAAAAGAUAUGCUUGGUGGCUUACUUAUAAAAGAUCCAAGCAAAAGAUUGGGAGGUGGACCGAACGAUGCAAAAGAGAUUAUGGAUCACGCAUUCUUUUCAUCGAUUGAUUGGUCGGACCUCGUGCAGAAAAAAAUUGCUCCUCCCUUCAAACCUCAAGUAUCUUCCGAAACAGAUACCCGAUAUUUUGAUAGCGAGUUUACGGGUGAAAGUGUCGAACUCACGCCACCCGAUCAAAGCUUCUUAGGUAGUGGAGGUGGUUUGAAUUCGAUAGCCGAAGAACAAGAACAUUUUCCCCAGUUUUCGUAUCAGGAAAGCCGCUCAGCAGCAACCUCUUCCAUCGUCUCUAUUAAUCACUGACAGUAUCAAAGGUUUUCUUUGUUUAUAUACUGAGAUAUGUGGCUAAAUGCAUGGAAAGGUCAAACAAAGACAUUCGACUGCGAUGAGUAUUGUUGGCCAAUUCGGAAGAACUCUUUUUUAAUGCAGAUUAAUUGGAAUAUCAUUUUUGCUGAUUUAUGAUGCUUUUUUUAUGGAUCUUUGAGGAAAAUUUUAACACAUAUCUCUAAUGGCGAUCAAAUUAGUGCGUGUGUAUGUGUGUGCGCGGCAUGUGUGCAACUACACGCAUAUACGUUGAAAUUGUACAUGAAAAAAUUGUGUACCAUACGAUCCGAUUGAGCUAAUACCAUUUAUACCUGCUGAGUAGGUUCACGGUGACAUAACGGGGAUAAAGUUUUGUCUUUUUUUAAAAAGAAAAAAAAAGAAACGAAAGUUAAGUGAAGGUCAUCCCGUAUGCUGUGUUACAUUGUAAAGAGUGGCACGAUCCUUCUAUGUGGAAGAACGAUAUUUGAUAAUCAUAGUUAACAGUCCUUUGUUCGACGAAAGUGAUGGUCAACGCUUUCUAGUUUCAUUGUCAACAUUAUUAUAAUAAUUUAUAGAAGGGCA